AUGUCUAGUGUCCCUGUCUUCCAUGAAACACACAUACCAAACUCAGAUAUGUAUAGUGCUCCUGUCUUCAAUGAAACGCAAAAACCAAACCCAGAUAUGUCUAGUGUUCCUGUCUUCCAUGAAAUGCACAAACCAAACCCAGAUAUGUCCAAUGUUCCUGUCUUCUAUGAAAUGCACAAACCAAACCCAGAUAUAUCUAGUGUCCAUGUCUUUUAUAAAACGCACAAACCAAACCCAGAUAUGUCUAAUAUCCCUGUCUUCUAUGAAACUCACAAACCGAACUCAGAUAUGUCUAGUGUACCUGUCUUCUAUGAAACACACAAACCAAACCCAGAUAUGUCUAGUGUCCCUGUCUUCUAUGAAACGCACAAACCAAACCAAGAUAUGUCUAGUGUCCCUGUCUUCUAG